UCAUCCGAAAUCACGAACGGGAUAUUUAUGUGAGACAUGUGACAAGCACCGUUCUUGGCGCUUAAUCUCUUGUUUAUAUAACAUGUCUAACAUUGCAUAUAUCCUUUUCUGUUAGGUCAUAUGUUUCAACACUCUUAUCUGUAACGGUAUGAUUCUCUCAUUCUUGAGCCUGCUUUGAACGAUAACUUUUUUGAAAUCUAUUUGUAGGCAGCGAUCGAGCGAAAGGAUUCCGGAAGAUUCCAAAUAAAGGCUAUUUUUAGCAAGAUGUUGGACUGGUUCCAAGUCACGUAUCACUACUUCUCGUGACAAAAACCGGAUUUUAUCGAGAGGUUGCUGAAAAACAAUACGAGAAAAAACUUUGUCUUGAGCUACGAGGUCACUUAAAAAUGAUAAAAUAUAACAACUAGCGAGGAAAAGGUUCUCAAUGUUUACUUCUCUCCGUCGAUCUCUGGUUUGCUCAAAAUACAUUUCCGGCGAUAUUUAUUCAUAAAAAAGGGGAAGGGCAGGGGUAUGGUUUCUACCAGGUCGACUUGUAAACGCGCGAGUUCGAGGAGCGCGCGCCACUACAAACUCAAUCGACGGUCAGCGGUUACUUUCCCUUACAAUAUGGCGGACGAUAUGGCGGACUUAGCGGACUCAUUGAGACGAGCGAACGAGUGAUCAAAGAACACUCUUGCAUCAAAAGUAUGAGCGCACAUGAAAAACAUCAGAUGCACGAGCAGGUAUCUAAUGUAAUCACCAGCUUUUUAAAACAGAGAAAGUACACCGAUAGUGAGAGUUCUUUGAAGGACUUUCCGGUAGAACAGAAAAUGGAGGACAUGGUUUUUAAGACCACGGUCUGCAACGAAAGCGGCGUCCCGGAUGUCUUCUCGUUUGCGAUCAACAACUCAGACCCAGCCAUGCUUGAUGAGCAGUUUUCCAACUUAAAAUCCUUCAUAACAGGAACAAAUCAGGCCUACAGAUUAGAACUUUCGAAAUUUUUGUUCCCCCUGUUUGCAAACAUUUACUUGGAUCUCAUUGUGAAAGGUCAAGCGAUCGCUGCUCAAUCGCAUUUCGCGAAACACAGCGGCGACUUUUUGAUCGAGCACAAAGAGGAGAUUCAGCACUUACAAGCAAUCACGGAAUUGGAGCGUUUGAAAUCGAGCGACACUGCUUCUAACUUUAGACGCAGCAAAUUCGUUGUAAAACUUAGCAACAAAGUGUUCACUUAUUUUCUACAAUAUCUUAGAAGCGGCGACCAUGUUUUACUGCUUCAUCUGUUGAAUAAACAUUUUAGCAUAGAAAUAUCUCAUAGUAAACCUGGACAGAAGCAAAACAGUGAUGAAGUGGAGACAGAUGAAGCUGAAGCAUCCACCGUAAGUUACAGAGCUACAAGAGGAGCAAAGCAAGCCAAGUCCAGUACAGAAAAAGAAAACGAAAACUUGGUGGCUUUGAGAGAAAGUAUUGGACACAUAAGGAAUGGGCGUGCAUGUCUGCCGUCAGUGUGUUUCUACUCAUUUUUGAACGUUUAUCAAGGGUAUGGAUUUUACCUAAAUCCUUCAAUUUCGACCGUUGCGAAAAAUCAAAGUUCAUUUGACAUGUGGAACGUUGUUUUCGUUUUCUCACCAGUUCGUUUAUGGAGCCUACACUCUUACACCAACGUAGUUGCCUACAAGGGACACAGCUUUCCCGUGUGGGCCCUGGACAUCAGUCCUCAAUGUCUGUACUUCGCCACUGGUUCCCAGGACCGCACAGCCAGGCUAUGGAAUUUGGAGUAUACAUUUCCCUUGAGAAUAUUUGCAGGACAUCUUCAAGACGUCGAUUGCGUGAAAUUUCAUCAAAACUGUACGUACCUCGCCACAGCUUCCACCGAUCAAACUUGUCGACUGUGGGACCUGCAGUCGGGAAACUGUGUCAGACUUUUCACAGGACACAAGGGUUCAGUUAAUGAUCUGGCAAUUUCUCCUGACGGCCAAUACCUGGUGUCCGCUGGAGAAGACCGGCGCAUUCGUCUUUGGGACUUAUCCGCUGGAAGCAUGAUAAAAGAACUACGCGGGCACACGGACACGGUGUACAGCCUCGCUUUCAGCGCGGAUGGGACUCUACUGGCUUCAGGAGGUCUGGACAGUAGUGUGAGGGUGUGGGACUUUGGACAAGCCGUGAAGACUUCUAGUAACAGCAACUCUAGCGCUGCUGUGUCCCCCGAAUUAAUGGCUUCCUUCCCAACUAAGAACUGUUCAGUUCACUGCGUGCAGUUUAGCAGCUGUAAUUUAGUUCUUGCGGCUGGCUCACAAACGCCUUGAGGGGGGAUAGGGUGGGGGAAGGGCAGCGGCGACAUCCGAACGCUUGAAAAGGUGCCGAAAACCUUCCGACUCUAUUGGAGCCAAUCAUGUCCGAAAGUUUCUUGUUAGUAUGCUGUCGAUGCACAGGCGGGAAAUAAGCACGGGAAGCGAGCGCGAGAAACAAGCGCGGAGAGCAAGGGUAGGAAAAAACGCGUGCGUGGACCACACGCUAGAAGAAAGAAGCGAAAAGGUCUAUUUUUCUUUCUCUACCUCCCUCUCGUUCCAUUUAGACCUUCGCCAAUUCAUCUACCCACAAAGCAUCUAAUAGUAUACCACAAAAGUUUGCAAUGUUUUGUUUAUAAAGUGUAUCGAGGGAUUCGCUGACUUGCAUAGUGAGAUACUGACAAAAUUAAAUUUGAUCAUGGCA